AUGCCUGAAUUGCAAAAGAGCAGCAGUAAUAGCAAGAAUUCGCUUGCGCACAUUCAAGAGAAGAAAGAGCGGGCCAAAUCAAGGCGGCCGUUCCAAGGAUACAAAACUGCAAAAGGCCCCAGUGGGAGUGCUGCUGCUGUACAGUCCGCUCCUACACAAACAAGAGUAUCAACACAGCCUGAGUACGAUACACACAACCCCCCAUCUACAGUUUUGUGGCAGCAACGGCCAGUUUCAAGAGGACCCUCACGCUCACCAUCUCCGUUACCUCACCACGAAAUUGGAUCAUCUCCUCCCCCGCCUCCACCGCCUCAUCGGGUGCUUGGAGGGCAGAAUGGCUUAAUCUCAAGGGCUCCAUCACCUCUACCAGUUGAGAUGAAUGACCGCUAUGAGAGAAUCGCUCGGACGCCGUCCCCGGCCCCUCCAUCCAUGAACGGACACACUCCACCCAUGAUACGCAACGCAAUGGACGACGUGAUGUCUUCCCUUGAUGAUAUGACCCUUGUGCGGCAAGAUUCAAUGCACGAACGAGAGCAAGAGCAAGAGUUCAAUCCCUGGUCUCCUGAAGCAUUCGAUAAUUUCCGUCGACCUAACGGCAUUCAGAAUACUCGCCCGAUGACAUCUUUGGACUUUGGAAAUGGUGGCAGCAAGUACUCGGAAGGGCGAGUAAGUUAUAGCAGCCGUCACAACAGUCCUGACCGCUUUCAAGACGGUUCAACCCAACUAGAAACUUAUGUUCAGCGGAUGGAAAGCCGGCUCCGUCGCAUGCAGCAAGCUCGUGAAGGUAGUGAUCCACAGGCCGUAGGAAGUGAUCCACCAGAACCGCCACCCAAGAAUUCGCCUUGGGCGUCGCGGCCAGCCUCUUCAGCAGCUUCGCGUCGGCCUUCAAUGCGAAAGAGAAAAUCGGCAUUCGAGUUGGGUGGGGAUGGUCUAGGCCGAACAUUCACAACCAAGACCAAUUCCACCAAUUCAAGUAGUGGUGCGCAAAGUGUGGCGACCAACACUUCGCAUCAGUCGAGCAUGACAAGUCAAAGCUUGAUGAGCGGCUUUUCUGCCAGCGGUCUCAGUGCCACCAGCGCUGGUAGCCUUGCAAGGAAGAGGAUGGGCAGUAUCCGAGGUCGUAUAGCGAGACCAAUGACAAGUGCAGGAACCAGAAAUGAGCAAUGGGAGCAAUCUGAUAUUCGACCCAAAACGCCAACCUCUACUGUAUCUUUCCACUCACGCCAUGCUGACUCAAGAUCUGGCGCUAGAUCUGCAGUCGGAUGGGACGAUGCGAGAUCGGAAUCAAUUGGUGGACUAGGUGGCUUUACCACUCCAAAGGCUAAGAAACCAGGUUUUUUCAAAAAGUUGAUGGACAGUGCGAAAACAGGGGCAGCUAGUGCUCGGAGCACGAUAUCAGUGAAUCAGGCAUCAAGCAACUCUGGCUCCCCUACGAAAAUGACUGGGAUCGCUGGAGGCACAGUAUUUAACGCCCAAUUUCCGGGAAACUCCAAACAGUCCGAUGCUUUCGGAAGGGAUGCUGCUCGAGAGAUGGGCCUUGCUAGCGGUGCAGCCAGCGGAUAUAUUCUCACUAGACGAGAUGUCAAUCGCUCAAACACACCGGGUCCAUCCGAACGGCAGGAAAGAGCAGAUCGUUGCAACAUGUUAGAUCAACCAGUGAUCUGCUCAGUCGAAGAACUCUACAGUACUCUCCAAGGAGACGAGGAUGCUGAUGGCCUUCCCGUCCAUCACCCAUUCCAACUCAGCAACCCCAGCUUCAGUCAGGUGGACAAAGCGACACGUUUCAUUACUAGCCUUCCGAGCAGCAUAACAGCAGCAACUCUGGCAAGUGGUUACGUUUGUCGCCCAUACCGAAGCCCUGUCCAAAGACUUCGCGCUAUAUUCAUCUGGUGUGCUGAAAGAAUCAACUGGGAAGAAGAUCACGAGGUCGACAGAUACAGUUAUGCUCGAUCGAUCGACACCAGAAAGAUCAUCCAAACAAAAAGAGCCACCAGUGAAGAGAUAUCAGCAUUAGUCGUGGAGAUGUGCACGGCGAUUGGAGUACACGCUGAAAUGGUUCAGGGCUAUCUCAAAUCUCCCGGGGAAGAUCUUGACCUGGAUGCUUUAUCACGACCUAAUCAUUUUUGGAAUGCAAUCCUCGUUGAUGGAGAGUGGAGAAUGCUGGACGCGAGUCUUGCUAGCCCGACGAAUCCUCGGCGUUUACUAUAUUCUAGCGUCAGCACCAGUAUUGCCGAAGCCUGGUAUUUCCUCACCCUGCCCAAUGAGCUCUGUUGGACACAUGUGCCUCUGGAUGAGGCGCAGCAGCACAUGGUUCCUAGUAUCAGUCCAGAUGUUCUACUCGGUCUACCCGGAGCUUGUCCUCCCUUCUUCAGGCAAGGCCUCGCGAUGCAUGCAUAUGAUACUAGUGUCAUACGGAUGGACGGUCUUGAGAUGUGUACCAUCACUGUUAAUGUACCUGCAGAUGUGGAGCUAGUUGCAGAAGUUGAGGCGAGGAAGUAUCUCCGCGACCAAGAUGGCGAUGUCUACGAGGACACUGAUGGAGUGACAAAGAAGAGAGCUCUGGCCCAACCCAGUUGGUACAGGACAGUACCGAACACCGAGAUCAUGCAAAAGCGCUAUGUCAUCAAAGCAAUCCUUCCUGGUGACGAAGGUAUUGGAGCUCUCAAAAUCUAUGCUGGCAAGAAAGGCCUGAUGUUAAGUUCAAGAGAUAUCGUUCAUCCCUUGGCAUUCUCGAUACCUCUGUACAACUCUGGUGACAAUCCAACCUAUGACUUUGUUAUGAGACAUCCAACACCACAUGCUACAAGACAAGACCUCUAUGUUGUGCAACCGCAGUGUUGGAGGCUUGGCGUUGGCGAAACAUACGUCUUCUGCGUGAGACAGCACAGUGGUUCGGUGGUGUCAACUCCAGCCAACGAACAGAGUGGGUUCGACUUACGUCCAGUGAGCCCAAAUCCCAUGGUUAGACCCGCAAGUGCCAUGAGUAUGACGAGUAGCGCCGCCGGUAGCAAUCCCAGCGAACAAGGAAACAGCGCAAUUGCAGGAGCUGGUGUCAGAGUCAAGGAGAAACCGGCUAAAUUGGCAAUACAAAGUCCUAGUGGGAAGAUCAUUCGCUUGAAUCGCAAAGUGGAAGGUUUGCACCAGGCCAUCGCUACAAGAGAGGUUGACGGUGAGGUACUGGGCAGUGUCUGGGAAGCCAACCUGAAGAUACAAGAACGGGGUGUCUGGCGAGGCUUGGUACUUGCCGAUCGCAGUGCAAGGUGGUGUGUUUGGGCAGAAUGGGAAUGCGUCUGA